GACAACAACCCACUCAAACAAACUACCAGAAAAAAGAUGGUGAAAAGCGAAAACUAAAAAGUGGAAAAAUAAGAAAUCUACCAAAGCUUCUUUUUGUCUUUUAUGUACUUCAUUUCCAGUUUAUCAUCGCCAUGAAUGAUGUACUUAAAAUCCCAAUCAAUAAUCACAAUUCCCAAUUUCUAGGGUUCUUAUAAAACGCUCACAAUUUCACCUCUUAAUAAUCAUGAUCGAUUCAUCCGCAAUGUCGAAUUGCGAUUCUCUCUCUCCAUAUGAACUCAUAUUUCGAGCUCUUCUAAUCAUACCAAUUUCUCAUUAUUUGAUCGGAUUCACGAUCUUUGUUGCCGCAAUUUUGUAUAAUUUUCUGGAGUGGCAUGUGAUCCGUGACAUUUUAACUGGAUUUAGAGGGCAAUCAGUUACUUUAUAUUAUAAUUCCGAGUCUAAAUUGUAUGAUGGGGUUGUUUCCAAGUGUCGGAUUUUACAUGGAAGAUAUUUGACUACACCUUGGUUAGCUAGUCCUCACAUUCAAACUACUUUUCUGAACUUUUUUGGAAGGCCCCCUGUCUUCAAUUAUAGGAGACAACUAUUUUCUACUUCUGAUGGUGGAACUAUUGCUCUGGAUUGGCUUAUGAGUUCUGACGUGAUAGGGCAUGGAGCCUACGUUGACAAUGUUAUUCCAAAAGAUGAUAGGACCCCUAUUGUGUUCGUAGUUCCAGGUCUGACGAGUGAUUCUAAUUCUCCGUAUCUGAAGCACCUUGUGUACAACACUGCAAAAUGUGGAUGGAAUGUUGUUGUAGGCAACCACAGAGGUCUCGGUGGUGUUUCUGUCACUUCCGAUUGCUUCUAUAAUGCUGGAUGGACAGAGGAUGUUCGUGUAGUCAUUCAUCAUAUCCAUAGUGAACACCCAAAUGCGCCCCUUUUUGUUGUGGGAACAAGCAUUGGAGCCAACAUUUUGGUAAAGUUUCUUGGUGAAGAUGGGGAAGACAUUCCAAUUGCAGGGGCUGUUGCUAUUUGCUCUCCAUGGGACCUUUUGAUUGGAGACCGGUUCAUUGGUCGCAGACUAGUCCAAAAGUUGUAUGACCGAGCUCUUACCAUUGGCCUGCAAGGUUAUGCACAAUUACAUCAACCACGCUAUUCUCGACUUGCUAAUUGGGAAGGAAUUAGAGAGUCCCGUAGCAUCCGAGAUUUUGAUAAUCACGCCACCCGCCUUGUGGGGAAGUAUGAGACUGUUGAUGCAUACUACAGGCGGUGUAGCAGUACUAACUAUGUCGGUAAAGUAGCUGUUCCACUACUCUGCAUUAGUGCUUUGGACGAUCCUGUUUGUACUAGGGAAGCCAUUCCGUGGGAUGAAUGCAGGUUAAAUAAGAACAUUGUUCUCGCGACCACACAGCAUGGUGGACAUCUUGCCUUCUUUGAAGGAAUAACUGCCUCCAGCCUCUGGUGGGUGAGGGCCGUUACUGAAUUCCUGAGCAUUCUACAGUCGAGCCCAUAUAUGCAUAAACAAAAGAAGGUGCAGAUUUCUGGUUUGGUUUCUUUAUCAGAACCUGCAAUAGACCAAGGUCCAUAUGUAAAUGUUGCUCAAGACGGGAUGGUUGCUGCUGUGAGCAAUGACCCAAAAAGAGAUGGUUUUGACGACUCCUCUGAGCUGAUUAAAUCAACCAGUGAAAUGGCAAUGGAGGAGCAAGAUCGACAGCUGAGGGAAUCAGUGCCAAAUGAUGUUCGUUCAGAUGAUCAAACCCAUGAACAGAUGCCUAGCAGUCCCUGUGAUGCCACUUGUCGUGGUGCAACUUCUCUUAUUAAGCGGCGUUUGGAACAGCUUUCUCGACAUUCUAAGAGAUCAAUAUGGUUGCUCGCUUAUGUGGCCAUCGUUACAAGUUGGCCUUUGGUCGGCUCAGCGUUCUACUACUUCUUUAAAAGGAAGAUUAAGAACGUAUCGCCUUCCAGAAUGCAGAAAAAAUAGUAACUCAAGUUGGUGUUUAUACCCAGUAUUCUGUAACUGUAUGUAUUAGUGGCUUCUGUAAUUCUUGCAUGUUUACAUGCUGAUGACAUCGGUAGAGAAUCAAGGUUGG